CAGCCUCGCUGUCACAGGACUACCGCCUCUCUCCGGGGAAGAAGCAGGGUUUUUGGCUGGCUACGGUAGCUACGUUGUAGCGUCGGGACACUGACGAUUUAACAUCGAGCAUAGCAUCACCGCGGGCUCUUCUUGCAUGAUGCAAGUCUGUGACACUGCUACACUGUAACCAUGGCCCUCCUAUCCUAAGCUAAGACUCCAGUGACUCCAGUGGAUGUUUUGAGGAAAAAGAAGAUGGAGGAUCUUCGCUCAGAGCAUGUAGCUGACCCUCCUCAAAAUGGAGGGAGUAGUGGAGGAGGAAGAGGUGGUGGAGAGGGGGUCGGAAAGGUAGAGAACACUGUCACCCAGCUGAUUACAAGCGAGGCCUCAAGCAUCGGCUCUCCUGCCCAGGCUAAUCAGAAACCAACCCUUUCACAUAUGGUAAAUAUCCCAGCGUCCCCCACCAUGGUCAGCCCCAGCGCCGAGGCUCCAGAAGGGGUGGCUCUCAAGGUGGCUGCCACUGUGCUUCAGCCUUUCUGUCUGGGGGACAGUCCUGUGAUGCUGCCCAUCCACCCCCUCCAACAGAUGGCUGGAGGAACCGCUCCCCAGGGUAUCCCUCCGUACCUCCUGACCCACCAGGGGCCUCUCUCCCUAGGCUCCCUCUCCCAGGGCCCUGGCCUCUCCCUGCCUCUGGUCCUGGAGCAGCAUGUGUUCCAGCAUCUGAAUACCAUGGGAGCGAUGCUCCAACAGACUCCGCCCUAUCCUUCCCUGUCCUUCCUCCAGAACAAUCUGCUGUGUCACACCCAGCCUCAGACCUCUUCCAUGGCUUCAUUGGCCUUCUGCCAGCCUCCAGCCCUGGAUCAGAAACUACCCGGACCUCCAGCCCAGGACCCAGGUAUUCAUGCCCUCCUCCAGAACCCAGCGUUCGCUGCCCUCAUACAGGACCUGUUUUCUGCCCAGACCAACCCCACCUCCCCAUCCUGUCACCCAGCAGGAUCAACCCCAACUGACCCCUUUGCUUCAGCCUCAUUCCCCCCAUCCCAACCCCAACCUCCACCCCUCUCCUACCCCUACAGCUCCCCGCUAGCCCCCCUGGUACCCCCUGCCACCCUCCUGGUCCCCUACCCUGUCAUUGUCCCUCUCCCUGUCCCUCUCCCCAUCCCUCUCCCUCUUCCUAUCCCCGUCCCACAGAGACAGGAGUCCAAAGGAUUUUCUGAACCCUGUAAACCAGCCUGUAUGAUGACUAAAAGCACACAGACUAACUCUGAGGAGAUUGUCAGUCCUCCACCACACGGUAACAUUAUGACUCUUUACCCAUCCUCUAUGGCCUCUCUGUCCACUGUUGCCAUGGUCCCUGAGGGGGAGGUGCUUGACCUAUCAUUGAAAGCCCCUCCCAUAAUCCAACCAAAGCAGGAAAUGGCAUUUCAACAACACGAUGACACUGUCCUUGACCUGUCUGUGGCUAGUAAACAGACUGUCAGUAGAAAAGAGCGUCCUUCAUCGCGGGACUGGCACACUUCUUCCGAGGGUACCGCUACAGCUUGGCUCCCUUCAUCCGAGGGCACUACAUCUGUGUCUCCGGAGGUCUUAAAGCCUGCGGAGUGCACUCAGAAGCUCCACCGCCACCCUAACCCGCUGAACGGUGUAACCCAUGUAGAAUUCAGAGGCCGGCGUCAGUGGGCGGUGGUGGAUGGAGGUGGCAGCAGUAACAGACCCAGCAGCGAGCCCAAGUGCAGUAGCAGCAGCGGUAGCUCUAACUUUGAGAUCUUUCACACCUCUCAAACAGCCAAAGUCAUCGUGGCGGUCAAAGACGCGAUCCCCACCACCGCCAUCUUCUGUGGGAAGAUCAAGUCUCUCUCUGGGGUGUCCAGACACCAUGUGGUGGAGCAGAAGGACCCUAACCUCCCCAGGAACAGACAGGCCAUCAAACUGAAGAAGGUCAGUUCACAGGAGAUCCACAUCCUCCCCAUCAAGAAGCAACGCCUAGCCGCCUUCUGCCCCAGGAAGUAG